AUGGCACCGCCUAAGAACCGAAUACGCAAAUUCCACCGUCGCAGCAAGAACGGUUGCUCGACGUGCAAGCAGCGUCAUGUACGAUGUGACGAGCGCAAGCCUUUGUGCACAAACUGUCUGCAGAACGGCAAGGACUGUGUAUAUCCAGACGUCGAACCUGACGAGGAGUCUCGAUCAGGUUCUCUUUCAGAGUCCCGAUCUGGGUCCGAACUCACCGUUGUCCCGGCUGAAGAAGCCUCCAUCAUAACCAAUGUCGUGUCAAACCAGCCAUUUGCCGGCUUCUCAUGCGACUACCAGAUGUCGGCAAUGUCGCAAUGGCUCUGGCACCAAUUCACUGCCUUUUACGUCAGAGGUCAGACUCCGGUAGAAAGGGGACAGAAUCUAUGCAGCGUACAAAGGACACUUCUGCAUCCGGGCCUGCUUCAUGGCUGCCUUGUGGUUGCGGCUUGCCAAUGGGCAUGGGUCACUGGAUCCCUUGAACACGUCAAGGUGCCGUUUCUCUAUCACAAGACAGCCGCCUAUGAGUUUGCGAAGCAGCAACUCUCCGAGUCUGAGGAAACCGUCAGCGACACAGCCAUCUUUGCUAUAGCCAGCCUGGCACUCACUGAGGGAGCGGUUGGGGACUUGGAUGCUUCUUCGAAGCACCUGCGCGGUCUUCACAGGCUGACUCUCAGGAAGAACGGCUACAACUUGAUGAGAUCAAACCUAGCGCAACAGAUGCUGCAGAUGGCUGGCGAUCGCCUACGUCUAGGGGAAGUAAAUGUGAUCCACGAUGCCAUUAGUGCUGAUUUCCAGCCCAGUAUCAUCGCCUUGCUGUUCACUUCACUGUGGGAUAUGGAAAGUCUCCCGCCGCGGCAAGCACCGAGAUACGGAUGGUGGGAAGGCGACGAGACGCCCACGGACAGGCUCUGGCAGGACUAUACCAAAAACCUAAAUUGGGAGCUUUCCCGUGGAUUCGAUCCAGAGCGCAAUAUAGCGACGAUGCUCAACAGCGACGCAAAGAGCAGCAGGGCGAGCUACAUUGCCACCUUCUUCUACCUCGUCAUGGCGGUCAAUGACAGCGAAAUGGAUUGCGUCCUUACCGUGUGGCUGCUGGAACAGCUCAUUGACGAUGUUUGCGACAAGGAGGAGGAAAUGAUUGCCGGGACAUUCAGUCGCAGCCUUUGGUUAUGGAGCGUCCUGUUCGGAGCUGCUGUGGCUUACACGGGCAGACCAAUUACCGCAACAGGCAGAGAGCAACUCGCGAGGUGGAGAGAGUUGUACGCUGCGAAAUUGAGCUUGGCCAGCCACGUGCUGCAGCUCGACAGCUGGCACGACGCGAAGGCAGUCCUGGCGGAAGUUGCCUGGACUGAAGGCUCAGAUGCUGAGGGGAGGUUACAAGACAUAUGGGAAGCAGCCGUCUUGCGUCGUACGGGCUCUGCACAUUGCGUCCAUGAAGUGGACGUGACGACGUGA